CGAGCCAUGGAAACAAUAAAUACUAGAUGAUGUUAACCAAGGGUGUUUCCAUUGUAUCGUUCACUCGAAACCACUGAACCAAAUUAAUUCCAAAUGGAUUUCCAAAUUCCUAAAGAUCACGAGUCAUCGUCUUUGUCGACGAUGUUUUCGUUGUUGCAGAGAGAUGUUGAGUGUAUGAGAGACUAUUACAGGUCCGGAAUUACCAAAGAAGCUUCCUGGAGGAAGUCUCAGCUUAAAGCUUUGCUUUCUCUCCUCCAUGACAACCAGGAACAUAUUUUCAACGCUCUUAAACAAGAUCUAGGAAAACACCAUGUCGAGGCUUUCAGAGAUGAGAUAGGAACGUUGAAAAAGUCUUUGAAUUACGCAUUGAAGAAUCUGAAACAGUGGAUGUCAAUAAAAGAGGCAAAGCUGCCAAAAAUUGCUUUGCUAAGCACUGCACAAGUGGUUCAUGAGCCACUGGGCCUUGUUCUUGUUUUCUCCUCGUGGAAUUUUCCAUUUGGGUUGUCAUUGGAGCCACUGAUAGGAGCAGUGGCAGCUGGAAACGCAGUGGUCUUAAAACCUUCAGAGUUGGCUCCCAUGUCUUCUUCACUGCUAGCAAACACCAUUCCCACUUACUUAGACAACAAAGCUGUUAAGGUUGUUCAAGGAGGCUCUGAUAUUGGCCAGCUACUUCUGCAGCAUAGAUGGGACAAGAUUUUCUUUACGGGGAGUGCAAGAGUGGGCAAGAUUGUGAUGUCUGAAGCAGCGAAGUAUUUAACACCAGUUACAUUGGAGUUGGGAGGAAAAUGCUGUGCUAUUGUUGAUUCCCUUUCAAGUUCUUGGGACAGACAAGAGGCUGUAAAAAGAAUUGUUGUUGGGAAAUUUGGGACAUGUGCUGGUCAGGCAUGCAUAUCGGUGGAUUACAUCCUAGUAGAGAGAAAGUUUUUACCCACGGUGGUGGAGUUAAUGAAGGUGACAAUCAGCAAAAUGUUUGGGGAAAAUCCAAAAAAGUCAAACAGUAUUGCAAGGAUAGUCAACAAACAACAUUUGAUGAGGUUGAAAGGUCUUAUAGAUGAUCCUCUGGUUAAACCUUCUAUUGUUUAUGGCGGAUCAAUCGACGAAGACAACUUGUUUAUGGAGCCAACAAUCCUGGUAGAUCCCCCUCUUGAAGCACCAGUUAUGGCAGAAGAAAUUUUUGGCCCAGUACUUCCAAUCAUUACUUUGGAGAAGAUUGAAGACAGCAUAGAGUUUAUAACUUCAAGACCCAAAGCACUAGCUCUUUAUGUCUUCACAAAAAGUAAAAGACUUCAGAAAAGAUUGAUAUCAGAAACCUCAUCUGGAAGUGUAAAUAUUAAUGAUGCAAUUAUUCAGUAUCUUGUUGAUACGCUGCCGUUUGGAGGAGUUGGAGAAAGUGGAUUUGGAAGGUACCAUGGAAAGUUUUCGUUUGAGACAUUCAGUCAUGAGAAAGCAAUAACAAAAAGAAGCUUCCUAGUUGAUUUCUGGUUUAGAUAUCCUCCAUGGAACUACAACAAGCUUCAGCUCUUUCAAACUGCAUAUAACCUUGAUUAUCUCGGUAUGCUUCUUGUCAUCCUUGGAUUGAAGAGCCAUCAACAAGCCUAGCACAGUGGGCAUUUUCUUUCUUAAUUUCUAAUAUUCAGAAAGGAAAGAAAAUUGGCCAUGUAUGAUAUGUGUAUCGUGUUGGAUGAUAUGUAUGUGUGUGUGUGGCUUGAAUUUAUGUAAAACCUGUACUUCAGCAAUGAUCAUGCAAGAGACUACUUUAAUUCAAUGACAUUAAUAAAAAUAAUAUGGAGAUUAAAUAUAUUCUUAUCUCUUAUUCU